AUGUUUAAAGUAUGUGGAGAAUUUGAAUUCAGAAUUCCUUUUCUGUCUGAGAAGAAAAAUAUUUUGUUUUAUCAUGCGAAUUUUUCAGAAUAUACAAUAAGGAUAUGCUAUGGACAGUUUAAGAUAUUUCUCUAUGUUAUUGGAUGGUUCAGUAUUAUACUAUUGGGUGUAAAUAUAUUUAAUCGAAUAAACUCUAUCAAGUAUCAAUUCCAAGUAUUGUAUGAAUUACAAAGAAAUAAUACCAAACAAUAUGAUCCAAGUGAUUUACCUUUCAUAUUUAUCGGAGGACAUCAAAGUACAGGUACCGGAUUAAUGCGCAUCCUUCUGGAUAUUCAUCCAUUAGUUCGUUGUGGACCUGAACCAGUCGUGACUAGGGAGAUAUUAAAGUAUAGAAGACAUUUGGAAACAAUGAGUGAUCAAUUGUCACAGUCUGGGAUUACUGAAAAUAUGUUGGAUGAUGCCAGUGCAGCAUUUAUUGCAACAGUUAUUCAAGAAAUGGGUCCCCAAGCUCCAAGACUUUGUCACAAGGAUCCCUCAUCAUUUAUAUAUCUUGAGGAACUGGCUGAUUUAUUUCCGAAAGCAAAAUUUAUUCAUAUGAUUAGGGACGGAAGGGCUGCUAUUGCGUCUACAAUACACCGAGGUAUACAUCCAUUUUAUACAUUAGAAAAUGUCACUACAGCAAUUUUAUCAUGGGAGAGAACAACAUUACAAAUGUCAGAAGAUUGUCAAUAUAUUGGAAUUUUUCGUUGUCUAUCUGUUCGUUAUGAAUGUCUUAUAUUAAAUCCACGCGAAGAGAUUAAAAAAGUUCUUGAUUUUCUUGAAUUACCAUGGGAUGAUAAGUUAUUGGAACAUGAAAAAUUUGUUUAUAAUACGUCUAAAUUAAACAAAUAUGAAGCAAGUUCAAUUCAAAUAAUCAAAUCAAUUCAUAAUAAUUCAUUAGAUGCAUGGUCACGAAAUCAUUCACCAAUAUUGACAGAAUUAUUCAAAUCCAUGACUACAAAUAGUUCAGUUUUAAAAUUAUUAAAUUAUGUAAGUGAUGAUAUCCCACCAAAUUAUAAUAAUCUAUGCAAUCAUUAAGGGAUUGAUAAAAAUAUCAUAGUAGAUAGAGUGAUAUGGAUUACAGAAAUGCUGUUUGUUUGUUUUUGUACAAACUUGGAUUCAUUAUUUUUUUUAUUUGGCUUUCUCUUCUAAUCUAUUUUUACAUUUACACAUUGUAAUGACGUAAAUUUUCAAC